AAAAAAAGAAGAGAAACAACUCAAAGAGCAAGAAAUGGCCGGACUACAAUACAGUUUCUUCCCAACAGACUUCUUCUACCCACGAGCUUCUCCUCCAGCUACAAGCCUCGUCGCAGCUAAUCCAAAUAUGGAGAUAACCCAUAAGAGAAAUGAUGCAGUAGUGAUUGAUAAAACUCGUGCGUCUAAUUUGUCCCUUGUUAUACUUGAAAAGUCGAAUACUCAAACAUGGAAGACUAAGAAGCCACUUUUGAUCGAAGACGACAUGUUUUAUUUUUGAUUGAUCUGGUUCUUUUGUUAUACCAGUCUUGCCUCGUUCGUUGUGAUACACAUCAAUAAGGGUUAUAUGAAAAAACGAUCUAUAUGUUUUUCUAGAAUAUAGGUAUUGAGCCUCAUCGAUGCCUAUAGGCAACACAGAUUUGUUUUCAUGAUCUGGCUGUUGUUUUGAUAUCUGACGAAUACCAUUACAUAAAAUAAAGUUUUUGAUAGAUUGUAAUAUAAAAUUAUGUGUGGACUUCCCUUCUUUUGUAAACACGACGUCCGACUAUGAUAUUAUUUCAAUUGAAAUUCAGUCCGCUAUCUUAAUAUUUAUUUCAUAAUUAGCAGAUGUUGACCAUCCCUUAUUUUACCACGUCCACGACAUUGAGUUUUUCAAUAUUACAAUGUUU